AUGCUCACUACAACCGCUACCAAUGCCCCUGGGUUCGCCAUUCCUUCCUCGGAAAAUCGUGGAAAGGAUGUGGAAGCGAACUUGGUUUAUUCCGAAGUGCUGGAAGGGCAGAAAUUGGAGAUUGACUUCCGCCAGCCUGAUGGGGAGCAGCGAUUUGCGCAGCUCUCGAAGUUUGACCAGACGCAUCCAACUAUCAUCCAUGAUAUUCGCGGAGAGGAGUCCAACUACACUCUAGACAAAAAUGGGUUUCAAUAUGUGCACCACGAGAUUGAGGGAUUUGACGAAUGGUCCAACGAAGAGAGAGUCAAGGAAGUCCUAGUCCCCAAGACCGAGGAGUUAGUUCGUCAGAUCACCGGUGCCACAAAGACUCUGGUCUUUACCACCCGGAUUCGAUGCUUCGCGUCUGAUGCCGCGAAGCGAGCGGAUAACCGAGCCCCAGCUCAUAGCGUGCACUCGGACUUUACUGUUGCGGGGGCUAUGGAAAACCUUCGCGCAACCAUCAAAGACCCCGCUGAGUUGGAGCAGAUCUUGCAGGGUCGUGUCAUGGUGAUCAAUGUGUGGCGUCCCCUUAGAACCGUCACCAAGGACCCUCUCGCGGUCUGUGACUGGACGUCCGUUAAGCCAUCCGAGGAAUGGAACGCGCACCGGUUUAUCUUCCCGCAUGGUUGGAAUGAGCUCGGGAAGAUCUCGCAUAGCAAGGACCACAAGUGGCUCUACCUCAGGCGCCAGGCACCCACCGAGCCUCUUAUUUUUACCCAGUUCGAUAGUUUGACCGCUGAUCAAGGAGGGUUUACCGUGGCUCAUAGUGCUUUCGUCGAUCCUGAAUUUUUGGAUGCUCCUCCCCGAGAGAGUAUCGAGAUCAAGAUGUAUGCUUUCUUCGCUUAGGAUAGUCCUUGUUAGCCCCUGUUUUCGUGGAUACUCCCACUGUGUAUCCUUUUUCGUUCCUUUUGAAUAGUUUUUAUCAGUUAGCUCUACCUCUGCAAAUGCUUCCGGG